AUGGCAAAUAGAUGGGGAGAUCCACAACAAGGGAGCUCGCAAUCAUCCAAUGACAAGAACAAUACCUCCUUGGAGAUGGCCAUGUCUGGGAUGAACAUUGUAUCCGCGUUUGGUACUAGUCCAGUGGAGUUUUCUGCCAGCCCAGAUAUGCAAUCAGAAUUUUCGGAAGAGCUCAGUGGACAUCAGAGAAAACACAUUAUUGAUUCUGGAGAUAGUGUUCAUAGCCAGCGCUCCAACAACAGCAAUGCGUCUCCGCUACCUUCCAUACCUACCCAUAGACUGCAUGGUGUGCCACCAAUUGGAAGGCCAGGACAUUCCAAGAGCUCUUCGAUUUCUACAUCGCAGAGCCUUACGCUAACGCCCACUUCGUCUUUGGAUGGCACUGGCACCGAUAUUCAUGAUUAUAACAGGCGCAGCAAGGAAGAACAAGAGCUCCCCACGAGGAUAACAGCCACGUUUGGCGAUGGGUUUGAUGGGAUUCAUGGCGCUCGAGAAAGAGCGAAUACCGCACCCGGAACAAUGGCGUUCCCUUCGUCACUGGACAGUAGCUUUGGUUCAGCAUCAGCACAUCGAGGUAGCCGAAAUCAGCUUCCCCCAAGUCGUCCACCACUAGCAGGAGCUUCAAGUUACAAUCCUGAUUUCAGCGUACUGAGUACGAUCUCUCGCCCCGGGUACCUUCCACACUCUGGUGGUGAUCCCUAUUUGCAGCGAUCCACCAGUGAUUCUGGACGGGAAUCAUUGCUAAGUUCAUCUUAUCCGGGUCAGAUGGAGCAGCAAUCGAGCAAACUGAGUUCCUUCCCUAGUCUCCCGCAGCAAAGUGGCUUGAAUCCAAAUCAACCAUCCUUUCAACCAGUCUCAAGGCAUCAGCGAUCGUUCUCAGGUCCAGUUCCAGUUCCUGUUCCGGACUACAUGAAUCAGUUUCAACAUCAUUCAGAACCACCAAUGGGCCAUACCAGUCAAGUUUCUGAUUUUGGUGUUUUGCCCAUCGAUCAAGGACUCCGUCUUGCGCAAAUGCGGUACCGAAAUCAUUCGUUUGGAUCUGCAGAAGAGGUAUCUAGAGCAGAGUUGCACAGACGCAGUUCUUUGCAAACGCUGCCCAGUGCUGGUGGAUUCUAUGGACAACAGAAUCAGUUCGAUCGAAGAGAGUCUCUAGAUUAUGUUCCAGGACACGACAUGUUUAUGAACGAUUUUGAUCGAGCCCGUCAUGUAUCACCGGGGCACAGCCCCGUGCAUCAACAUUAUGGUCAUCAUCAUCAUGCGGAAGCUUUGUCCGCACAACCCAUGGCCAUGGGAGGAGGUGGUAGUAUGAGAAUGUAUGGUGGUAACAAACGCAACUCGUACGGAAACCAGCCUCCCCGUCAUCAUCGCGUUCCCUCGUUGGAUGAUGAUUCUUCCCACCCUCUUGCUGGAGAGAGCAUUGAGGUGCCAUCUGAUGAUCGUGGAUACAUGCUGGAUUCAUCAUCACAUUCAGUGCAUUCGUUAAGAUCUGGAUCAGAGUCUUCGCAUUACAUGCCCGAAGCUGUGCAGCAUUUACCAACCGCAGGAGCAUCACUACCGCUAGCUAAGGUGGUGUAUUCUGUCAAGUUCAAGCGAACGCAGCGAAGUUUUGUAAUCGGGCCGCGUUUGAAUCGCGAUCUGAAGAUUGGAACCUACGUUAAGGUCGAAGCAGAUCGUGGGGAGGAUUUGGGGAUUGUCGUUGGCAAGGUAUCCCCAGAAAAACGAAACUAUAGAGGAGACAUGAGUAUCAUGCCUCCAGCUACGGGUACAGCAGGAAAUACUUCAGAUCUGAAGAGGAUCAUUAGACUUGCUACACACGAUGAAGUAUCUCUGCUGUCCUUGAAACGAGAGGAAGAAGACGAGCUCCUAAAAAUCUGUCGUACCAAAGUGCGACAAAGGGGCUUGCCAAUGAACGUUGUUGAUGCUGAAUAUCAAUUUGAUAGACACAAGCUAACGUUCUUUUUUGAGGCUGAAGGAAGGGUUGACUUUCGCGAAUUGGUUCGCGACUUAUUCAGCAUGUACAAGACGAGGAUUUGGAUGCAGCAGCUUGACAAGAAUACAUCCGCUGCAUGUCGUGCUGCAUCGAAUCCACCGGUACCAGUAGCCAUGGAUUUUGGAACUCCUAUCAUCGCACCCAUGAGCGAGUUCAGAGAGUUUAUGACCGAAUAG